GAUCCAGCUCACCGCGCACCUCUUGGAUUCCAGACAACUUCGUUUUUUCGAGAGCUCUUCGCACCACCGCAGAGCAAGCGCUAUCAUUGAUUAGAAAGUACUGUGCUGUGGAAGCAACCAUGACUACAAACAAUGCUGCAUCGUGUCGACGGGGAAAGACACCAACGGAGUCAACUUCAGCGGCAAACCAACAACAAACAGUAUCGCCAGCUGCGUCCACGAAGAGGGCUUCCGGCACUCAUCGUGCUACCGGUAGCCGACUCUGGGUGAUGGGUAUGCUUGCAUUGUCGUAUCCGACCGCCAAGUUUGCGGACUGGGUCUUGUCACCGUUAUCAUCCGAUGCUCGCAGUCUGGCCUUUUCCGAAGAAUUCCUAGCUAAAACGAUGCCCGUCCAGUUUGGUGGGCUCUACGGAACCGAGCAAGAGGAUCGGGAGAGUGAUAUCACCCGAAACAUGCAUCCCCAGCGACACGCACAAAGCCACAAGCGAAGCACCACUGCGGUAUCCGUUUCCAUGUCAGCCACAAACAGCAGCAGCAACGCCAAGACUGCCUGCCUUACCACCACUUGUAUGCAGACACAAGGUCAAGCCCUGGCCCGGGCAUUUCCAGAUCGAACUGACCAAAGCCAGUGGUGCAAAGACACCAAGGCAGAGCGUCCCAACAAGGAAGGGUUGAUCUUGGUGAAAGUCCCCAAAGCCGCCUCGUCCACGUCGGCCGGGGUUGCUCUUCGAAUUGCCAACCGACACAAGUGUCAAGCACUCCAGUGGCAACACAAGCCGGGGACGACCUAUGCCCACCGGGACCAACAAAACUCGUUCCUCUUUACGUCGAUUCGAGAUCCCGCAUCACGUGUCUUGAGCUAUCUCUUCUUUAUCGAGAUUUCCAUUGACGGGGGCGAAUACAGCGACGAGUGGAUACUGGAUCGAUUGAAGCACUUUUCGGGACGAUAUGGAUCCAUUCAAGACGGACAAGGUGGCUUUACCAUGCAAUUUGCCGCCCUGGAAGAAAUACCACACUUUAGUGCCUGGUCGCCCAAGGAUAGAAUUCGUGUUAAAAACCCAGAAGACAUUCAAGAGCGGGUCCAACGAAUGGUGCAACAAGAUUAUGAUUUCAUGCUGGUAGUGGAACGUAUGGACGAAUCACUCGUGGCCUUGUCGUUGCUGUUGGGGAUUGAUGUGGCCGAUGUGUUAGUGACAUCUUCCAAGGUGGCGGGGUCGUACUUUUACGAUCCACCCCGACAUCAAUGCGUGUCUCUUACCAAGAGCUUUGCCAGUCCUGCCGUCAAGGAGUACCUCGAGUCGGACGAUUGGAAAGCUCAAAACUACGGGGAUUAUCUACUUCAUGCCGCUGCCAAUCGUAGUCUAGAUUUGACGAUUGAACGCUUGGGACGGCAACGGUUUGACGUUGCGAUGGAGCGAUACCGACUGCUUCAGAAACGAGAAAAAGAACAAUGUGCUCCACACGUACAAUUUCCUUGCUCCAAAAGCGGACAGCCUCAACCAAAACGAGCUCGACAAGAAUGUUAUCAGCGGGACUUUGGUUGUGGUUACAAGUGCAUUGAUGAGAUCGUGGCAGAAAUCGAAACGUCCGAAGCAAGGCGGGAGGCUGUGUAAAAUGGCCAAUUAGUCAACGCCACGCCAAGCAUCCGUACCGGUAGUAGGUAGAAUAUCCUGGAAUCAUAUAGAUCUUCGAGUGAAUUUCCC